AAAUUGCAUAAAAAUUUAUUGGGAUUUUAUCAAACGGGAGUGGAAAUAUAAUUCCAGUAGUGUUGUUGCUUUAAAGGAAUUAAAAGAUUAUAAAUAUGAUAUUUCGGAAUUUAUUAAAGCGAUUAAGGAAAUAGAAAUUAGUGAUUACAAAUACGUGACAAAAUUUUUUGGAAUUUCGAAAAAUCCUUCUGCACAAAACUACAUUAUUGUUAUGGAAUCAUAUGAUGAUACCACUCAUAUUCAUGAUGUUUUACAUAGUAAAAAUGCUUUGAUAUUCAGAUUCAUUUACUGUAAUAAUAGAUCCUGGUUUAUUAAUAACUUAAUUUUAAACUCUGAUAACAAAAACAAUAAUGUUUAUGGUUUAAUUUCAUUUAUUCCACCAGAGUUUGGUGGGAUUAUGUAUGAAAUGGCUACUGAAAACCUUCCAUUUGCUGAUCAAGCACAUGAUACUUAUUUGAUAAUUGAUAUAUGUAAUGGUGUAAGACCAAAAGUUCCUGAUAUUAUGUUAAUUUUGAUUCCAAAAUGUUAUCUAGACAAGAUGUAUCAAUGUUGGGAUGAUGAUCAUUCUAAACGACUAACUGCUCGGCAAUUAAAUAAUAUAAUACAAAUUACAUUUAUUUUUUAUAUGCUGAUGAUAAUAAAAAAAAGAAUGAAUAAAUUUCAUGAACAAAAAUUAAUUCAAUCUUUAUAUAAUAUUCACCCUCAAUCCUGUUAUAUUAGUAGACAUAUUUAUACUCUUUAUGAAUUGCGAGAUUCAUUAAAAGAUAUAAAAUCUGGAAAAUGUGCAGCGAAUUGUGAAUUGGUCUUUCCAAGUUCCGCGAUUCUUUAUUGGAAUGGAUGGAUAGGUGCUUUGUUCCCUUACGACAACCUAGGAAAGAAAAUUACGAAAAAUGAAAUUGAUCCUGAUGAAGUGUCUUCUGGAUUAGUACAUGUUUCAUUCGAUUUGAUUACGUUGGAAGAUACUUUUAAAUAA